AGAGGCUGCGCGUCGCGGAUCCCCAGUCCUGGGUAAAUGGCGCCGGCGGAGCGCUGCCCUGUUUGCCGCCAGACCUUCUUCUGCGGCCGCGGACACGUCUACAGUCGCAAGCACCAGCGGCAGCUGAAGGUGGCUUUGGAGCGGCUUCUGCCUCAGGUGGAGGCCGCCCGCAAGGCCGUCCGCGCCGCUCAGGUGGAGCGUUACGUGCCUGAGCACGAGCGGUGCUGCUGGUGCCUGUGCUGCGGCUGUGAGGUGAGGAAACACCUGAGCCACGGAAACCUGACCGUGCUGCAUGGGGGGCUGCUGGAGCAUCUGGCCAGUCCAGAGCACAAGAAAGCAACCAACAGAUUCUGGUGGGAGAACAAGGCUGAGUUCCAGAUGAAAGAGAAGUUUUUGAUCUCCCCCCAGGAUUAUGCACGAUUCAAGAAGUCCAUGGUGAAAAGUCUGGAUUCCUAUGAGGAAAAAGAGGAUGAAGUGAUUAAAGAGAUGGCAGCUCAGAUCCGUGAGGUGGAGCACAGCCGGCAGGAGGUUGUUCGGUCUGUCUUAGAGGUUGGUUUCCCUCGGAGGAGCCAGAGCACCUCAGACAGUGCCAGACCCAGAAGAGGGCUCUUCGGCACCUGGAAGCUGGAAAGGGACAAACAGGUAAGACUGUUAGGAAACCUCUUAUUGGGAGUUCUGACAUCUCUUAGAACAUUCUGUAACUUUGGCUGGGAAAAGGGAACAAAUGUCAUCUUUGCUAUCCUCAUGGCUCAAGGACCUUGUCUGCCAGCCUGGCUCCUGUUUGUCUUUUUCAGCCAAGUAGCCUCCACCUCACAGCAGCCCUCAUAUGUGGACCUGCCACCAGCCCCGGAGCUUGACUGGAUGGAGACAGGACAACCACUGACAUUCAUUGGCCAUCAUCAGGAUACACCAGGAAUUGGUAACAUCCACUCAGGUGCCACACCUCCCUGGAUGGUCCAAGAUGAGGACUGUAGCUCUGGGAACCAACAAAUAGGACCCUCCUAUGAAGAGUUUCUCAAAGAAAGUAAGUUAACUAAUUCAGAAAUGGUGAUGGGUUCUUUAAGUCUUCCUACUCACGUAAAACUGCUUAUUGUAGAGGAAAAACAGAAAUUGAAGAAACUCCCACCAGACAGAGUUGGGGCCAACUUUGAUCAUAACUCCAGUACCGGUGCAGGCUGGCUGCCCUCUUUUGGCCGGGUCUGGAAUAAUGGACGCCGCUGGCAAUCCAGGUAUGGGCCCAGUGUCCGGACCCCAACCCACUCCCCCUUGGAGAUCUCACCCUUCGUCCUGCUAACCCUUCAUUUCCUUUCAGGCAUCAAUUCAAAACUGAAGCCGCAGCAAGAAACAAACAGCAGUCACAUAAAAAGAAAAGUUAAUGGUUUCCUAAUACAUUUUCAACCACCAUAAUGCUCAAAACCAAAUCAACAAGCCGAUACCUACUAUUAUCCUUUGUAACUGCCUUUCUUAGGAAACAGACACGCCCAUUUAUUUGAUUUAAUAAAGUUUUAUUUUUCCAAAUA